CGUCGGGAAUUUAUUACACCAUAAGAUAAGAACGUUUAGCACCUUGAGAUACCACCACAAAAAAAUAAUAAAAACUUAACUCGAUCUAUUAAUUUAGCGAUUCUUACAAGGAAAAAUGAAUCAUUUUAACUCUAAUUUAAAGUUAAAACAAAAAAAUUAUCGCGUUUCGAAUUAUUGAAAUAAGCGCGAUGCCAAGUUUAAGUAGUAGUCUCGGAAUUGAAUUAAAAAAAAUGUUGUUGUGGUGAUAGUUAGACCCGCGAAAGAAAGAGAAACCAAAGUGGGGAAACCAAUUCGAUUAUACAUAAGUAUAGCCGUGGUUGUGUGGUUUGGUUUGAGUCGUUCGCGUUUUCGAGUUAGUUUCGCUAAACGAUGGUUGUUAACGACUUAUUCGUUUUUCUCGCCUUUUUCGUCACUUUGGUUUUUUCGAGACCAGAUUUUACAGCUCACGAUUAUAACCCGUCUAAACAUCUUCACGUGCAUAAAUUAAGUAUUCGAUCGGUGGAAAAAUCCAUCAACGAAGAGGAUACAAUCGAUUAUUGGAGGGCACAAGCACAAAAAACGCUUCGACGAAAAUUAAUCGAGAAACCAAAUAGAAAUCGAGCUAAAAAUGUGAUUUUAUUCCUCGGAGAUGGGAUGUCAAUCCCCACAUUAAAAGCGGCGAGAAUUUAUAUGGGGCAACUUCAAAAUAAAUCGGGCGAAAACAGUCAAUUGGCUUUCGAAAAAUUCCCUCACACCGCUUUAUCAAAAACUUAUUGCGUCGACUCGCAAGUCCCAGACUCGGCCUGCACAUCAACGGCUUACGUAACGGGGGUUAAAGCGAACGAGGGAACUUUAGGAGUAACCGCCGCCGUUCAACUCAACGAUUGCGAGGGAAGUUUAAAGAAGGAAAAUCGCCCAACAUCAAUCGCUUAUUGGUCACAAUUAAAAGGAAAAAGAACCGGGUUUGUCACCACAACAAGAGUUACUCACGCAUCACCCGCAGGUUUAUACUCGCAUUCGGCCAACCGCGAUUGGGAAUCCGACGCGUACGAAACCCCCUCAGAAUGUAAAGACAUCGCCUAUCAAUUAAUAAACGAAGAAAUAGGCAAAAAUUUUAACGUAAUUAUGGGAGGUGGCCGAAGAGAAAUGAUCCCGGAAGACUCAAUCGACGAAGAAUUCACCAACGGAACAAGAAAAGAUGGAAAAAACCUAAUCAAUCAAUGGAUUACAGAUAAAUCGAACGAAAACGCUAAAUACGUUUGGAAUCGGACCUCUUUAUUACAAUUAGAAGAAUCCCCCGAUUACCUUUUAGGACUCUUCGAGGGAAGUCACUGUAAAUAUCACUUAGACGCCGACGAAGAAGACCCAUCCUUAUCAGAAAUGACCGAAGCCGCAAUUAAAGUCUUAUCGAAGAAGCGAAACCAACAAGGUUUCUUUUUAUUCGUUGAGGGCGGAAGGAUCGAUCACGCCCAUCACGAUAGUUUGGCAAAGAAAGCUUUAGACGAAACCGUCGAAUUUUCAAAGGCGAUCGAUAAAGCUUUAGAAAUGACGGACGAAAAGGAAACUUUGAUUGUUGUUACUUCAGAUCACGCGCAUGUUAUGACCGUUUCUGGGUAUGCACGGAGAGGAAACGAUAUUUUUGGUGAUGCUGGAGUGGGCGAUGAUGGUAUUAAUUAUAGCACUUUAUCUUAUGCGAAUGGACCAGGAUACAGAAAACCUAAAAAUAAUACACGAUUUGAUCAUUCUAAAGAUGAUAAACAUGAUAAAGAUUAUUUAUUCCCAACGAUGGUCCCUUUAGAAUUUGAAACUCAUGGUGGUGAUGAUGUAGCUAUUUUUGCAAACGGCCCUUGGGCUCAUCUUUUUAACGGUGUUAUCGAGCAGAAUGUGAUUCCUCACAUUUUAGGAUACGCUUCGUGCGUGGGUAAUGGUAUUACUGUAUGUGAUGAUAAACACAAUUAAGAUAAUAAAAAAAAUCGUAAUUAUUAA